AUGAUACUUCCUACAGCGGGCCGCGGUUUCGUCCUCAUUCGCGACUACCAGAAAUACGAGCUCACCCCCGGCCUUCCUACUGGCGACGGCUAUUCACGCUUCUCGAUUUCGAUGUUUCACCAGCUCCAUUGCCUGGACUACGUCCGCAAAACGAUCUACGAGAUCAUCCUCAAAGUCCAGGAGGGGCGACGGGAGGAAAUCGACAUCUCCGAGCUCGAUCAGGUCGACCACCUGCCCCACUGCAUCGACUACAUCCGCCAGGGGAUCAUGUGCGCCGGGGACACGACGAUGGAGGGGGCCGUCUACGACCGGCAUCGCACCGUCGUCUUCGGGAUGGGGAACCCGCAUCUCUGCCGCGACUUCCGCGCCAUCUACGAAUUCACCAAGGACAAUUUUGAGACCGUCUUCUGA